AUGAACUCAGACGACCUUAUGUCCGACCCCGCUCAGCCCAUGGGGCCAGGCCCCGAAUCCAAGGGGGCUGCAUGGAAUACCAAGAAGUUCCGUGAAGAGUAUGAGAUGCACAAAAACAGACUUCACGACCAGAGUUUUAGCGUUGCCGAUUAUCCUGAUCCUCUCUCCCCUCAGCCACCACACCCGAAACAGUACCCCAAAGGAACGACCCCAGACCUGGAGCGGAAACUGCAAGAUUUGAUUUCGAGGGUUAAGGCCGGUGGCCCAGCCGCUGCCACUUCUGAAAGCCAGUGA